AUGACUAUACGUUUGUCCUGUAAAUUUGCAAUAAUAAAUUGUGUCGGUGCUAUCGAUGACACAUUGGUGGAUGCGUGGGUCGUUGUCUCAAGGCAGAAUACAUUUCGUGGUCGCAAAGCCACGGUAUCACAAAAUGUAUUCGCAGCUUACGACUUCGACAUGUUGUUCACAUUUAUCAAUUCUGGAUGGGAAGGAAGCACCCACGACAACACAAUUUUAGUUGACUCAAUUACAAGAGAUAAUAUACAUUUCCUACACCCACCCCAUGCUAUGGACCCAUUCUUCAUGGAAGCUGAUAAUGAAAUGGCAGCUGAAGCGGUAGUAGAUGGGUUUGUUGGAUGCCAAGCUGAGUAUGUUGACAUGUCACAACACGGAUCAACGUACCAAUCGAACUUGAGGGAUGCAAUUGCUACUACUAUGUGGGAAAGUCAUGUCGGUCAUGGGUAG